AUCAAAGUUCUUACGGAAGCUCAAUUCAUAGAAGUACCAUAAUUCUUUGUAUCGCUAUUUACAAAACACGUUCUUUAACUUCAUGACAUUUACUAGGGACCACAGUCCCGUACACAAAAACACAGCAAUUAAAUGAAAUAGUGAGUCUUUUUAAAAAAAUAAAGAGCACGGAAGUGUUACGGAAACGGUACGUGUUAGCCUCCGGAAGUUGUUGUCUCUACCGCUCUCAUGACUAACCCGGAAUGAACAAAAAACAAUAGGAGUUGCCUGUUGUGUAAAAAGCUCUGCUUUGUCCUCUUCGUCAACUAAGUUGCUGAUUUGGAUGCGUGUUGUAUGGAAGGUGAAGAGACUUGUUUGUCAAUGGCUUAACUGAAAGGGAACCAGAUAUACAUCAGGCUACAGUAAUUCAGACUUUGGAGGUGGUGCUGUAAACAUUCCAUUUCAUACAAGGAAAUAAUGGAAAACCGUAAGAAACUCCCAACUUCAUUGUCUGUUAGCCCUUAUGAGUUUGAACUAGAAGAGAACAAGUCCAAACUGAUUGCUCUCCAGUCAAGUCACAGUGAAACAAAUGUCUUGAAAUGUUCCACCAGUGAAGGGAGUUUGGAACUGCUAAACUCACAGAUACAGCAACAGAUGAACAAUGCAGAGGAAGAAUUUAUAUGUAGUUACUGCGGAAUGUGUAUUACGGGGCGAGCCAAUUUCUCAAGUCAUCAAAGGACACAUGUAGAGAAAAAAUUUCCUCCUUGUGAGUCUUGUGGGGUGCGCUUGACCAGUCAGGAACAUAUUUAUCACCAUCACCGAGUUCACACAGAAAGUCAAACUUUAGAUAUACAGCAGUCUGUGCAAACAGCUCCCCAACCAGUUAAUCAAAGAAAAAAUUCUUUUAAGUGUUCUGAGUGUGGGCAGUCUUUCUGUCUGUCACUGGCUCUUCGAAAUCACCAGAGGAUUCACGAAAGAGAAAAAAUGUUUAAAAGUGCAGAAGAUGGGAAGGCCCUUCCAUGUGAAUCAUCUUCUAGUCCUACCCAGUUGUCCAUGAAGCAGGUAAAAUUGGCAGAAUCAAAGAUUUUCAAUCCACAAUCCUCUUUAACUGACCAAAAGGCCAUUCAAAUGAAAGAAAAAUCCUUUAGGUGUAAUGACUGUGGGCAGUUUUUCACCCAGUUACUAGGACUGCAUAACCAUCGACGUAUUCAUAACAGAGAGAAGUCUUUUAUGAGAAGUAUUACUGGGACAGAUGUACACCAGUCCGUGUCCAACAGCCAGCAGCUGGUUAAGGCAGAUGCAAAAGUUUUGAACUCUGCAGAAAAUGAGAAGGGUUUAACUCCACAGUCGUCUGUUCCUAAUAACCUAAACAUUGAUAAAGGAAAAAAAAAAUCUCCAUUAGCAGAGAGAGACUAUUUAAUUCGGCCAUCUCUUCUAAUUCACCACCAGCAAAUUCAAGCGAGUGAAAAGUUUUACACAUGUUCUGAAUGUGGGCAGAGUUUCAGACAGCAUUCUUCUCUUUUUAAUCACCAACUGGCUCAUAUCAGAGAAGAAAACAAAAUUAAUUUGAGCCAGGACAUCAGAGAAUCUUCAGAGUUUGGCAAGGUAGACUCAGGGAAGCUGUUCAGAUGUGCUGACUUUGUAGGAGGUUUUGGACAGCAGGCACAGCAGCAGAACCAGAAUGGCAGUAAAUGUUUCAAAUGCUCUUAUUGUAGAAAAGCUUUCUCUCGGAAGGCCCAUCUGAUUUCUCAUAAACAGACUCACACAAGCAAAAAGCGUUUUCAUUGUCCUGACUGUGGUAGGAGCUUCAUCUAUCAACCAUCCCUUACAAAUCACAGGCGAAUUCAUUCAGCAGAAAAACCUUUUAAAUGCAGUUUUUGUAGAAAAGGCUACAGGCUUUGGCCAGCUCUUGCUGUGCAUCGACGAAUUCACACACAAGGCCAUCCUUUCCACUGUGUAAAUUGUGGAAAGAGUUUUAAGCUUCGGCAGUCCCUUAUUUAUCAUAGGCAAAUUCAUACAAGAGAAAAGCCCUUUAAGUGUACUUUCUGUGAAAAGAGUUAUAAAUGUCAAACAUUACUUGCUAAUCAUUUGGAAUGUUCACAUACAGUCUCUUGGCAAACUUCUGAGAUUGAAGCAGUGCUGAUUUCAUGAACUGUAACUUUGACCCUAACUUAAGAAUGAGGUCCAUUCCUGCCACAUUAAAAAUCAUAAAUACUUGGAAAAAUAAAAAAAGACUUCUUAUGCUGUUAUUUCAGCUUUCUCAAAAGAGCAAAACUUUGAAUGUACUGAUUCCAGGAAAAGGUCAGAAACAUUAAUGUAUUUUGACAAAGUGUGAAAAGACAAUUGGCUGAACAAUGUUAAGUCUGAUUUGUUUUGUGUAAUUGUAGAACAGUAAUCCUUUUUGGAAUCGCCAUUUUAGAAUUAAAGUGCUUUGCUGA